UCUCUUCGGGAACUAACUGCUAUGGAGAGACUAAAGAUGAUUCCUUUCUUGCCCAUAUUUGCUGUCCUCCUGCUGUUUGUUGUUAACCCUGCAAACGCCAACGGUUAUUAUGACAAAGUCUUGGCUCACAGCCGUAUCAGGGGUCGGGAUCAGGGGCCAAAUGUUUGUGCCCUUCAGCAGAUUCUAGGCACCAAGAAGAAAUAUUUCAGCUCUUGUAAGAACUGGUACCAAGGAGCCAUUUGUGGGAAGAAAACGACUGUUUUAUAUGAAUGUUGCCCUGGUUAUAUGAGAAUGGAAGGAAUGAAAGGCUGCCCAGCAGUUAUGCCUAUUGACCACGUUUAUGGAACACUGGGCAUUGUGGGAGCCACUGAAACACAGCGUUAUUCUAAUCUCUCAAAACUGAGGGAAGAAAUUGAAGGAAAAGGAUCAUUCACUUACUUUGCACCCAGUAAUGAGGCUUGGGCAAACUUGGAUACUGAUAUCCGUAGAGGCCUGGAGAGCAAUGUAAAUGUGGAGCUGCUGAAUGCUUUACACAGCCACAUGGUGAAUAAGAGAAUGUUGACCAAGGACUUAAAGAGCGGCAUGGUUAUUCCUUCAAUGUAUAACAAUUUGGGGCUUUUCAUUAACCAUUAUCCCAAUGGGGUUGUUACGGUUAACUGUGCUCGAGUCAUCCAUGGAAAUCAGAUUGCAACAAAUGGUGUUGUACAUGUCAUUGACCGCGUCCUUACACAAAUUGGAACCUCAAUUCAAGACUUCAUUGAAGCAGAGGAUGACCUUUCAUCUUUUAGAGCAGCUGCCAUCACAUCUGAUAUUCUGGAGACCCUCGGAAGAGAUGGCCACUUCACGCUCUUUGCUCCCACCAAUGAGGCUUUUGAGAAACUCCCACGAGGUGUACUGGAAAGAAUCAUGGGGGACAAAGUGGCUUCUGAAGCUCUCAUGAAGUACCACAUUCUAAAUACGCUCCAGUGUUCCGAGGCCAUUACCGGAGGAGCUGUCUUUGAGACCGCAGAAGGAAACACAAUCGAGAUAGGCUGUGAGGGAGACAGCAUCACAAUAAAUGGCAUCAAAAUGGUGAACAAGAAAGAUAUUGUGACAAAUAAUGGUGUGAUCCACUUGAUUGAUGAGGUCUUAAUUCCUGAUUCUGCCAAACAAGUUUUGGAGCUGGGUGGAAAGCAGCAAACCACUUUUACAGACCUCGUGGCUCAACUAGGCUUGGCAUCUUCUUUAAAGCCAGAUGGAGAAUACACUUUGCUGGCACCUAUGAAUAAUGCAUUUUCUGAUGAUACUCUGAGCAUGGAUCAGCGCCUUCUUAAAUUAAUUCUGCAGAAUCACAUAUUGAAAGUAAAAGUUGGCCUAAAUGAGCUUUACAAUGGACAAAUACUGGAGACCAUAGGAGGCAAAAAGCUCAGAGUCUUCGUAUACCGUACUGGCGUCUGCAUUGAAAAUUCAUGCAUGGUGAGAGGAAGCAAGCAAGGACGAAAUGGUGCUAUUCACAUAUUCCGGGAGAUCAUCAAACCAGCAGAGAAAUCUCUCCAUGAAAAACUGAGACAGGACAAGCGCUUUAGCAUAUUCCUCAGCCUACUUGAGGCUGCAGACUUGAAAGAUCUUCUGACACAACCUGGAGAUUGGACUUUAUUUGCCCCAACCAAUGAUGCCUUUAAGGAACUUACUAAUGAAGAAAAAGAAAUUCUGAUCCGGGACAAAAAUGCUCUGCAGAACAUCAUCCUGUAUCACCUGACUCCAGGAGUUUUCAUCGGAAAGGGCUUUGAGCCUGGUGUUACUAAUAUUCUAAAGACCACACAAGGGAGCAAAAUAUAUCUGAAAGGAGUUAAUGAUACACUUCUGGUGAAUGAAUUAAAAUCCAAAGAAUCUGACAUCAUGACAACAAAUGGGGUCAUUCAUGUUGUGGAUAAACUCCUGUACCCAGCAGACAUACCCAUUGGAAAUGAUCGGCUGCUGGAGAUACUUAACAAACUGAUCAAAUACAUCCAAAUUAAGUUUGUUCGUGGUAGCACCUUCAAAGAAAUCCCCAUGACUGUCUAUACAACUAAAAUUAUAACCAAAGUUGUGGAACCAAAAAUUAAAGUGAUUCAAGGCAGUCUUCAGCCUAUUAUCAAAACUGAAGGACCCAAGAUAACCAAAAUCAAUAUUGAGGAGGAUCCUGAGUUCAGCCUGACGAAAGAAGGUGAAACUGUAACUGAGGUGAUCCAUGGAGAACCAAUUAUUAAAAAAUACACCAAGAUCAUUGAUGGAGUGCCUGUGGAGAUCACUGAAAAAGAGACCCGGGAGGAACGGAUCAUUACAGGGCCUGAGAUAAAGUACACUAGGAUUUCUACUGGUGGUGGAGAAACAGAGGAGACUCUCAAGAAGUUAUUGCAAGAAGAGGUCACCAAGGUCACCAAAUUCAUUGAAGGUGGUGAUGGUCAUUUAUUUGAAGAUGAAGACAUUAAAAGACUGCUUCAGGGAGACACACCUGUGAGGAAGAUACAGGCCAACAAAAGGGUUCAAGGUUCUAGAAGACGAUCAAGAGAAGGUCGUUCUCAGUGAAAACCUGAAGACCAGAUAACCAAGUUUAUACAACCUUGAGUCAUUUUAACCUGGUCUUGAAAGAGUAUUAACCAAGUUCAGGAACCAGAAAAUCAGCACCAAAAAAAAUUAUCAUGCAAUUUUUGAACACAAUAUUUUUCUGAAUGAAAAGCACAAGGGAAACUGUGGGACUAGACUUCUGUGGGGUAGGAACUGAAAUAUGCAGCAAUAUGUGGUGUUUUAACCUGAUAUUAAACACUGACACUAAUUUUUGAAUCCAUCAAGGAAAAUCAUUCUCACCAGAUUCAUUACAGCUCAGAGCGGAGCUGAUAUCUCAUCAAGAAUACUCAGUCUUCAAUGUAGAAAUUGAAAAAUAAAAUGCUUGCAUGCAGUUACCUCUCCAAAGGAAGCUAGGCUUAAAAAAUGGGUGCUCAGAAUAAAACAAUCUUUUACAAAAAAGGCUUUGCACAUUCUAAUGCAAUGUGGGUUUACUGGUAAAUUAUGUUAUUUUGUACAAUUAGUUUUAUACUCUUAAAAAUUUUGUCAUAUGCUUCAUGCAAUACAUAUUUUUAUCUCAAACAUUUUUAGGUAUAAAGAGAAUUACUUCCGAUUGGGUAAUUCAGAAAACUCAAUGUUUAAAAAAAGAGUGGAGUGGACUUGAGAACAGACUUUAUACCUCCUUUAUUGUAACAAGUACUCAUUAAAGGAAAUUAAAUGAAA